AGACAGUGAGAGUAAUAAAGCUUGUUGGGAUUUACCUGGGUAUACUGGGCAUAAACUGGACUUUAUUUUAAUUUGGAACCACAUUGUAGGCUUCUUCUAGGCUUCUUCUCCCCCGUGUCCCACCAGCCAGGUAUCAAAAAUGAGCUUGUCCAUGCCUGUUGCCUUAUCCUGCAUCUUAAUGCUGCCAACUCUUCUGCAGGCAGUAUCUCUCACAAAGCUCCCCGAUAAAGCUGAAGUAUCUGGUUCAUCUGGAAACGCAGUAAGCAUUGAUGCUGCCCAAGCCCACAACUUCCUUACCCACUCACGGCCCCGGCGCGAGGCUGACCCCAAAUGGUACCGAAAAGACCCUGACUUCCAGUCUUACUACCGUUACUACAGCAGCAUUGGGCACAUGGAGGGGCUGUACGAGGUUGACAAAAUCAGAAUUCUCUACCAGCAAAUGCGCCACCUAGAGAACACCUACGGUCCAGAUGCCUCCAAAUACCAGACCAUUCUUGGGCUGCAUCUUCCAAAAAACACGCCCCCACCCCCAACAACCAAGCCCACACCACCACCCACCACCCCACCCCCAGCCCUGCCACCACUCUCACAGUCUGAUGUCACCUACCUUUGCAACCCCAAAGACCCACUCUGUAAGCCUAGAAUAGUGUACCUGCCCACAGGGGCCGUCCCUGUUCUCUGUGAUCCACGGUACAACCCAGCAUGUAAACUAACUGCAGCUAAAGAGCCCCCUCCUGCCCCUGCGGAGCCAGCUGCCCCUGCACCCCCACCUGCUAAAAAGUCUAAUGUCCCCCCAGCCCCACCUCCACUCGUGUUUAAAGAAAUGGAGUAUGACUGUGAUCCCUACUGGGAUCCAGACUGCUUAAUUGACAACCCACCAAGGCCUGUAAAAGUUAAAGGCCCUGUGUUAGCAAUGCCCCCGAAAACACCGGCUGCUCAGAAGGAGGGAAAAGUGGAGGAAGAAGAAGAGGAAGAAGAGGCCAGUAAAGAGGAAAGUAAGGGCACCGCGGUGGGGCCCAAUCUGUACUACGAUCCCUAUGAUUACCGAAGAGAUCUCUACGAUCCAUACCAUUACGCUAAUCCACCGGCAAAUCCCCAGUAGCAUUUUAACAUUACCAAGAGAGUUGUUUUUUGUACGUUAAUUUCCAGACAACAAAAGCCACAAAUUGUUUAAAAACACUGUUUUUACAUUAUAUGAGCAUUUUAUUAUGUAUAGACCAAAAGGUUCUUACCAUUUUGAAGAAAAAAAAACACUAUAAAUAAACAAUAAAAGUCGUAUGCCUCUCA